AAACUUCCAUUUCUCAACUCACCAAAACAAAAGCAUUACAAAAAUCCCAAUUCAAAAUGAGCGUAGAACUUCUGGACGGUGCCACGAUUGUGAGCUUCGUGGAAGACGAAGAAGUUUUUGGCGCGACUGUCAAAGAGCGUUUCAGUCAUCUAGAUAGUGAUAGAGAUGGUGUUCUUUCGUACGGAGAGAUGCUGAGGGAAUUGCAGAGUCUUCGGGUUUUGGAGACGCAUUUCGGGAUCGAUGUGAAACCCGACCCCGAUGAGGUUUCUGCUGUUUACGGGUCGUUGUUUUUGCUAUUCGAUCGGGACUGCAAUGGGAAAGUUGAUCUGGGAGAGUUCAUGGCAGAGACCAAGAAGAUGAUGCUGGCCAUGGCCAAUGGGAUUGGCCUUUUGCCCAUUCAGAUGGUGCUUGAAGAAAAUGGCUUCUUGAAGAAAGCUGUGGAGAGAGAAACCACGAAACUGGCUGCUUAAUAUGUUAAGCUUUUUUGAAAUAUUGAUUUUUUGUAGUGAGUUUUGGAGUCAUUUGUUUGAGAUUUUGAGUUGGUAUUUUUUGUUAUGGUUCUUUGAAUUCAAAUAUUGAAUGGUUCUCUUAAUUUACCAAUAUUCAGUAAUGUUGGUGUUAGUAUAAUUAAUGAGUUACGAUUU